AUGAAUAAAUUAGAAAUGUUAAAUAGUCCUAGAUUAACUACUUAAACAGAACAUGUAAAGAGAUCAUUCUAUGGGAAAGAUUUAAGAAAUGAAAAGAAUAUAGAAUCAUUAUUGUUUCUUAAGAGAACCUAAAGAAAUGAAAUUACAUGUAGUCCAUGUAAUUAAUCAAAUGAGAUAAUGGUAGAAGAGAUAAGAAGAUUAAAAGAUUAAAUAAAAUUAUAACAGAAAGAGAUUUAAAGAUUAUCAUAAAUAAACGAAUAUUUGAUAUAAGCAAAUCAAACAAAACUAAACAUUUUAUAAUCUGAGAGAUAGUUUCAUUCUAAUAAAAUAACAAUAAAAAUAGGACAUAAUAAAACACUGAGUGAAAAGAAGAAUUAUUUAAGUAAAUUUUUAGAUGAAAAUUCUUAAUAAAGUCCAAGUGUGAAACGAAGAAUUUAUAGAAAUCCAACAUUAGCUAGAUUGCAUUUAGAGUAAGAAAGUGAAUAGUAAAAAAAUGAAAAAUAAACGUAGAAAGCAUCAACAUUUUAUGAUACUCUUUAAUAAGAAGAUUGUUUUAGAACAAAUGCAAUUCUUAAUAUAUAAUUAUCUGACGAAGAUGCUAUGUAAUAAUAUAAAUAAGAUGGAACAGUUUCUUUAAUGAAAGAAUUAUUAGAUAAUGAAGAUGAAUUUGGAGAUAUUAUAUAAAAUAUAUCAGCAUAAAAACUAUCAUUUCUUUAUGAUAAAUUUAAACGUAUAAUGUCUGAUCAUAAUCAAUUAUUUAUAUUAGUAUUAAGAUUAAAGAAAAUAGUAAUGGGAGCAUUAUAAAUGAAUUCGUCUAUUUUAUUAGAUGAUGCUCUUUAAACAAUAAUAGAUAAAUGUGUAGAUUGUUUAGAAUGUGAUAGAGCAUCAUGUUUUAUAGUUGAUUAAAGUAAAAAAGAAUUAUGGACUAGAGUAGCUAAAGGAACAUCAACAACAAUUCGUUUAUAAAUUGGUUAAGGUAUUGCUGGAUUUGUAGCAUAAUCGAAAAGUAUAUUAAAUAUAGAAGAUGCAUAUAGAGAUUAAAGAUUUAAUUCAUAAUAAGAUAUUAAAAAUAAUUAUAAAACUAAAACUUUAUUAGUAUGUCCGAUAAUGGAAAAUGAUAAAUGUGUUGGAGUUUUAUAAUGUGUUAAUAAAUAAAGUGGUUACUUUACAAAAGAUGAUGAAGCUUUAUUAUAAAUAAUGUGUGAAUUUUCAAGAUCUGUAUUAAAAAAUGCAUUAAAUCAUGAUGCUUAAAUGUUAAUUUAAAAUAAAUUAAGACAUCUUAUAAAGACUGGAGUUUUAUUAUAAGCAAAACAAAAUGAAAUUCUUAAUUUAAUUUAAUAAGCAGAGGAAAGAUUAAGAUCAUUAAUGAAUGUAGAUAUUGCUAAAAUAGUUUAUAAUGAUAUUCAAAUAAAUAAAUUUAUUCAUAUAAACAAAGAAGCUAAAUUAGUUGAAAGUGAUAAUAUUCUUGGAAUCAUGGGCAAUUGUGUUCAUACUCAGUAAAUUCUAGCCAUAAGUAAUUGUUAUAUUAAUCCACUUUUUAAUCCAAAUAUUGAUAUUGAAACAAGUAUGCCUAUUAUAUGUAUGCCACUUAAAUAUAAUAAUUAAAUCAUUGGAGCACUUUAAGUUGUUAAUGUUAAAGGUAUUGGAGGUAGUGAUUCUAAAGUUAAUUCAAUAGAUUUAGAAAUGCUAGAAUUAUUUUGUCUUCAAACUUCAUAAUGUUUAUUUUAAAUGAAAACAAAUAACCAUUGA